GUUGAUGCCGAACCGAACGCCGAAGAGCCUGAUUUACUGCAACCCCAGUUUGAAACUGGAAUGACACGCAUCACAGAGCAGACUGAGGAGGAUAGUAUGCUGGUAGCUGAAUCCAGAGAGAACACUGUAGAGCAACAGUCGGAAGAAGGAAAAGUUGAGCAAGGCGAAGAGCUGGAGGAGAACAACGCAGAGGGUGAACAGGAAUUAGUGGAGGAAUAA